CGCGCUGAGGUCAUUGUACGAAGUUGGGAAUGAAAACAGUCGAAUGACACAUUUUUGGCAAAAACAACCAGACAACUGCCAGACAACAAAUACGUUUUUCGGUGUCUAAUAGGGAAUCGAGUUUUAUGACAUAAAAUACUCAUCUCUCAUCGCUGCAGGAAGAGGAAAAGGCGGUGUGCCUGGGAAGUGAAGCGGUUUGUGGCGUUUAUUUUCAAGUACGCAUACAGUAUGAGGUGCAGUUAUGGCAAAAAGAGGUAAGACGGUUGUCAGGACCCUGGAGGAUUUAACACUUGAUUCCGGUUAUGGUGGAGCUGCGGACUCCUUCAGAUCGUCCAGCUUGUCAUUGUGCUGCUCUGAGGCGCAUCUGCCGUAUGCGCAUGGAGGGAAUUGCUGGCAUCUGACUGACUCCAUGCACAGUCGACACAACAGCUUGGAUACGGUCAACACCGUACUGGCCGAAGACACCGAGAUCCUGGAGUGCUCCGGCCAGUGUGCCAAGCUGCCCGAGCUCGAGGACGUGCCUUGGAGCGUCGGGGAGGUGGAGAGCGCGCUACAAAAGGAGGAAGAGUUGAGAGUGUGGACCCCAUCGCGGGAGAUCGUGGCGAAACUGUCGGCACUAGUCAGCCGCGCGCUGGUGCGGAUCGCUAAGGAGGCGCAGCGCCUGAGCCUGCGCUACGCUAAGUGUACCAAGUAUGAGAUCCAAAGUGCCAUCAAGGUAGUACUGUCAUGGACCCUCUCUGUCAACUGCAUCGCGGCGGCACUUAGUGCACUGUCACUGUACAACAUGAGCACCGAGGAUAAGUUCAGCCGCGGCAAGUCGGCCCGGUGCGGACUCAUUUUCUCAGUGGGGAAGUUCUUCAGGUGGAUGGUGGAUAGCAGGGUGGCGGUGAGGGUGCACGAGCACGCAGCUAUCUACUUGACCGCAUGCAUGGAAAGCCUUUUCCGUGAGGUGUUCUCCCGCGUGCUUCGUAGCGCCGCCGUUGAAAAAGACAACGGGAUACCGAAGUUCACCACGGAAUCUUUGGAGCAGGCUAUCAACAACGAUUCUGAGAUCUGGGGUCUGUUGCAGCCGUACCAGCAUCUCAUUUGUGGAAAGAAUGCCAGUGCACUGCUGAGGACCAGUGGACAGAGAGUCCUCAGUCUGCCCGACAGUUUGAACCUGCACCGGGACCAGCAGAGGGCCAGCAAGACUGGGGAUGCCCACGUUUUCAGCCAAUCAGAGCUGCGCACUAUCGAGCAGUCCCUGCUCGCCACACGCGUGGGGAGCAUCGCUGAGCUCAGUGACCUGGUGACCAGGGCAAUGCUCCACCUCCAGCCCCUGCACAUUAAAAACCACAGCAAUGGGACCCCACUGCACCAGAGGGCGAGCUCCAUCCACUGGCAGCCUGAGGCCCUCUACACCCUCUGCUACUUCAUGCACUGCCCACAGAUGGAGUGGGAGAAUCCCAAUGUGGAGCCCUCCAAGGUCACCCUGCACACAGAGAGGCCAUUCCUGGUACUGCCACCCCUCAUGGAGUGGAUCCGGGUGGCAGUGGCGCAUGCAGAGCACCGACGCAGCUUCUCGGUGGACAGCGAUGACGUGCGGCAGGCGGCACGGCUUCUUCUGCCCGGGGUGGACUGCGAGCCACGCCAGAUCAGGACGGACGACUGCUUCUGCGCCUCCCACAAGCUGGAUGCGGUCUCUACAGAGGCCCGGUUCCUGCAGGAUCUGGGUUUCCGCAUGCUCAACUGCGGCCGCACUGACCUAGUCAAGCAGGCCCUCAACUUGCUGGGUCCAGGAGGCAUCAACAGCAUGAGUGAGCAGGGCAUGACCCCACUCAUGUACGCCUGCAUCCGUGGGGAUGAAGCCAUGGUCCAGAUGCUGCUAGACGCUGGAGCUGACAUCAACAGUGAGGUGCCAAACACAGUACACAAGCACCCCUCAGUUUAUCCUGAAUCGCGCCAGGGGACUCCACUAACUUUCGCUGUGUUACAUGGACACAUCCCUGUUGUGCAGCUCCUGCUGGAUGCGCAAGCCAAUGUUGAAGGCUCCCUGCAGGAUGGAAUGGAGAAUUACACCGAAACUCCACUGCAGCUGGCCUCAGCCGCAGGGAACUUUGAGCUGGUGAGUCUGCUGUUGGAGAGGGGGGCGGACCCCAUGAUCGGGACCACGUAUCGCAACGGCAUCUCCUCGGCCCCUCAGGGAGACAUGAACUCCUACAGCCUGGCUGCAGCACAUGGCCACAGGAAUGUCUUCCGCAAGCUGCUGUCCCACACAGAGAAGGGCAAGAGUGAUGUGCUGUCCUUGGAGGAGAUUCUGGCAGAGGGCUCAGAGCUAGGGGAGAAGCCACCAGACCCAUCCAGCACUGGCAAGGCCCGGCUCAAAGCCCUGAGAGAGGCCAUGUACCACAGUGCAGAGCACGGCCACGUGGACAUUACCAUUGACAUCCGUAGCCUUGGUGUGCCCUGGACACUGCAUACGUGGCUGGAGUCCCUGCGCACCUGCUUCCAGCAGCACCGCCGGCCACUGAUCCAGGGUCUGCUGAAGGAGUUCAGCUGCAUCCAGGAGGAGGAGUACACCGAGGAGCUGAUCAGCCAUGGCCUGCCACUGCUUUUCCAGAUCCUGCGAGCCAGCAAGAAUGAAGUGAUCAGCCAGCAGCUGUCAGUCAUCUUCACCCAGUGCUAUGGCCCCUUUCCCAUCCCCAAACUGACAGAGAUCAAGAAGAAACAGACAUCACGUUUAGACCCUCACUUCCUCAAUAAUCAGGAGAUGUCUGAUGUAACAUUCCUGGUGGAGGGAAAGCCCUUCUACGCCCACAAAGUUCUGCUCUUCACUGCCUCCAACAGGUUUAAGUGUCUGCUCUCCAACAGACCAGCUGCAGAAAACACUUGCAUUGAGAUCACCAAUGUCAAGUACAAUAUAUUCCAGCUGGUGAUGCAGUACCUGUAUUAUGGUGGAACAGAGUCUCUUCACAUCAGGAACACAGAGAUCAUGGAGCUUCUUUCUGCUGCAAAAUUCUUCCAGCUGGAGGCCCUCCAACGACACUGUGAGAUCAUCUGUUCCAAGAAUAUCAACACAGAAACCUGUGUGGAAAUCUACAACCACGCUAAGUUCCUGGGCGUGCCAGAGCUCUCGGCCUACAUUGAGGGCUACUUUCUGAAGAACAUGGUGGUGCUGAUUGAGGUGGAGGCCUUCAAGCAGCUGCUGUACGACAGGCCAGCGGAGAGCCCCACUGGGGAUGUGCUGCAAAACCUGGAGAAGACGUUGGCCAUGCGAAUCCACUCCAUCCACCUCUCUUCCUCCAAGGGCUCCAUCGUGUGAGAGCCAAGGCUGGGAGUGUUGCUGACCCAUAAGGUUCUCACAACGCUGCCGCAAUGCUGCCAGAAUGAUCCACCCACUCUAAAGACUCCCAUCAUUUUAUGAUCCUGGAAUCAAAAGCCAGGAGCCCUGCUCAUUCAUAACACUUUCACAACACAGCUGUGAUGUUCUUGUAAUCCCGUUCCAACACAUGGUUUCCUUUAAGGGCUCCACUGAUUAAAGGCUGCAGAGUACUUGUCCAGCAGCCUGUUUGUGGAGAGGUGUUCUCACAACAUUGCAGGAACAUUACAUGUUUGCUGAGAACAAAGUAGCAGCUCCAGCAUAGUUUACUGUAAUCCCUAGGAUCCCCUGUAGCUGGCAGUAGAUAUGAUAUUGCCUCUUUAUCCACUGGCUUCCUUGACCGGGACCUGUUGUAUUGCCAAGGGAUGCUUUUCAGAUGCACAUAAGUGCUAGACUGUAACAUCAACAGCAAGCAUGGGUGCACUCAUGGACACUGAGACAUGGUGCACCACCAUGGCUGUAGGAUUCAUCCAUUUUUAGGCUUUUGGACUUUGCCUCUUUGUUACAUAGAAUAUUUCCACCUCUGUGAACUAUAUAAUCCAUCCCAUACCUGUCUUCAUCUUCUCUAUCUCCAUUCCCCAUGUGAUAUCUUGCGACACCUACCAAAACUGUAGGGUCAAAUUCUUCUUUUAUUGUAACUUUUUCAAUGGUACUGGACCAUCUGGAGUUGAAUCCAGAAGACUUAUAUGCAUUACUGACUGUCCAUUUAAAGCAAUGACAUCAAUGUGUAUAUUUUACCAGAUGAAGAGUUAUAGCAGAAUCAUUGUACUUCAUCUCAUAGUGUAGAUGGGUGUUUUUUAUAUUGCUGAAUAGAAUAUUUGGGUCCUUCCUACCACUGGAGUCCUCCAUGUAAUCCUGAAUAUGUAAUGGUUCAUAAAGGUUAUUGGAGUAGUGAUUUGUCCUCAGGUUGUGCUCCAGGCAAGUGAUGGCCACGUUUAAGCCUUUGGACCGUGUUCUGCUGUAUUUUUUUCUGGACUAAACAGUUAACUCAAGCAUUCUGUGACCUGUCCCAGGUUCCCCUAGUACGAGUUUGCUUGUAGCCCCUUGUCGUGAAUGCUAUGAUUCUCCUACUGUGAGGUGAAUAGAUACAUAGACUUUAUUUUUGCUUUAUUUUGCCAUCCUCAAGGCCUGAGCAGACCAAGCUUUUAAGCAAAGAUAGAAAUCAGUCAUUCUACAGCAGUUAAGGCAGGAGACAUCUAAUUUAUGCCACCUAGUGGUGGUCUGUAAUUAAUUUUACCAGUCAGCAGGUAAAAUAGUUCAAACUGUCAUCCAACAGGAGUCAAAGCUCAGUCUCCACAUUGGUGUCCUGUUAAUUCCUGAUAUCGAUGCAUCAUUUCUGUUUGGCUGCUGCCUCUCUCAUCAAUGUUGCCCCUUGCUGAGGGAAACCAGACCAUAUCUAAGGAGAAGUGUAAAUAUUUUAUGUACACCAGAAGGAGUAUGAUU